AUGUCGGAUUUCUCCAUCAGGUCACGACGACGUGUUGAGGAUUGCAGUUCUAGGCCCUCCACACGUACUUUUGACGACCACGACACUAAGAAAGAGUCUGCUAGUACUUCUUCAUCGUUCUUUGGGAACUACAAUCCACUUAAUAGUAUCGCUUUCGGGGCCUCGUCUGUGCAACUUUGGAAUUCAGCUCAGGUGAGUGAAGUACUGAAAAUCAGAGUACCACACAGGGUUGUUAUCGAUCUAGUUCAGGAGGCAUUUUCUAACAUUCAAUCGCCUCUACAGUACUCAUUUGAGCAGUUGAACCUAAGCGACUUCGUCGAAGAGUUUCCUGUGUUAAGUGUAUUUGGCGCUCCCGUCAACAUUAUAGCCUUUACAAUGCCGUCGAGAGACCGAACUGCUGAGUUCAAGACCACUUGCAAGUCUUUACAGAUGAAGGGUCAACCUAACGGAUUCGUUCUCGAAACAAAGAAGGAAAUCUUAAGUGAUUCGGUGCAAUUUAACCAACUUGCUAAACGAAUUGGUCGCGAUUUGAGUCAAACUUGUGGGAAAAUGGAAAAGCUAGCCGAGCUGGCUAAGAGAAAGAGCCUUUUUGAUGAAAAGAGUGACAUGGAUCAUCUCUCCAAGGUUAUCAAGGAGGACAUUACUGGAUUGAACAAGCAGAUUGCUGCACUUCAGGAGUUCUCAAGAAGGCGUGGAGGGACUAGGAAUCAGGGCACUGGCCAUUCUCAGCUCGUUGUUGUUGGUCUUCAAUCUAAAUUGGCUAGUGUAAGUAAGGAUUUUCAAAGCGUGCUGGAAAUCAGUACUGAGGCGAGUUCGAUGCUUUUAUUUAGUGAUUGUUCUAAUUUGAAACAUCAAAAAAUUAGACGCGAGAAAUUUUCGCAUGCCGAGCCCAUACCUAUGUCGCUACCGUCUUCUUCAAGUGGCUCGAAUGGUUAUCGUGAAAUGCAGCAUCCUUCUUAUAUUGUGUCCGACGCCUAUUCCUGUAUUUCUUUAGUUCGUUCACGACUACUCGAUGACGACAAUCAGCACGGCGUUCCUCGUGGGAGCAGUGUUACAUUAGAUAUGAAUGCUAUGGAACAAAUGCGAGUGCAGCAGCAAAUGACUCUUACGGAUGAAUCCAAUGCUUAUGUACAAGCACGUUCGACUGCAAUGGAAACGAUUGAAGGUUCUAUAUCUGAAUUGGGACAGAUUUUCUCUCAGCUGGCAAAUUUAGUUAGCGAACAGGGCGAAAUGAUCACUAGGAUCGACUCAAAUGUUGAGGAUGUGGCUAUAAAUAUUGAUGCAGCACACACCGAACUUGUCAAGUAUUUUCACACCAUUAGCAAAAAUCGUUGGUUAAUGAUCAAAGUUUUUGGGGUGCUCAUGGUAUUCUUCAUAGUAUUCAUUCUGUUUCUAACGUAG